AUGGCAGGUUCAACCUUAUAGAGUAGUGUAUUAGAAAAUUAUGGUUUAGAGCUAGGUAUUUUCUUUAUAUGCUCUUUAGCUGUUUCCAUACUUUUGAUGAAAAAGAUUAAGGGUGACAUCAAUGGAUUAGAUAUUUAUUUUGCAACUAAAGAUUGGUCUUUUAUAAAGCAGUCACCUCAUGUUGAGUUAUUCGCAAAGGUUUUCAAAUCUGUAGUAAUAUUUAUGAUCUUUUGGCCUGUCAUAUCAUUAAUAGCAUGGACUUGUAGUGUUCUUAACUUAGCCUACAAUAUUCAAAAUCAUACAUCUGAAGAUUACCUUCCUGGUGUAGCUAUUCUCUUAAUAGGUUUAGCUGUUAUUUGCUAUAUUAUACCCGUUUUAUAGCUUAAAUGGAGUAACUUUGUCAUCAAUUACACAAGCGUAGCUAUGUUAAUUCUUGGAACAUUGUUCUUUUGGGCCUUUUAAAUUUGUGCCCUUGUAAUGGUUAAUGGAAAUAAAUCAUUUUUAGGUUUAUCAGCAGUGUUUUUAAUGAUUAACUCUAUCUUCAUGAUGAUUAUGGUUUUUAUGCAUUAUUCAAAUUCUUCAAUGAAUAUUAAAGACGUGAUGUCAAAUUACAUUCCAAAUGAAGAAAGUUUGAGCAAGCCAAAUAACUCCACCGUUGAAGCAUACAUUGAUUCAGAAUUAAAUGAUCCUAACUAUCACCCAACGACCAAAGAAAUCCUAUAAAUUUUCACAGUAUGUAAAAAUAAUGAACAAUUUGAGCAUACAGUCUUAAGUGGUGGGCUACAAAGCAUGUACUAAAAACUAACACCAAUGAAAAAAAUAAUAGCAUUAGUAGUAGUUUAUCUAUGUGCUUUAGGAGUACUUAUAGCAUAUAGUGUAAUAGUAUAUCUAAAUGCCCCUGAAAAGAGAUUAGGUUCCGUUACUAGUAUUGCAGUAUUUACAACUGAUUUAAUUAUUUUCUACUUAAUGAAUAUUAGACUCGUUAAGGGGCCUAUAUAAACAUCGAUUCUUGUUGUUGGAUUUAGAGCUUGUUUAUUUGCAUUUGGAGGAGUUUAUUGGUUCUUAGGUUACUGCUUACUUUAUUUUAUAUUUGUAGUAUACUUGGGUUACCAUUUAUCAGAUAAAUAUUUUCCUUUAAAGAUUAUCUAUGAUGAUGUUAAAUAAAACAAGGUUAACAUUAAAUCGAAAAUUUAAAGAAUUUUUAAGUCAAUUGAAUUGCUAUAUUUGUUUGCAACUAUUGUAUUGGCUGCAGUUAUGAUUUAUCUCGGUCGUUAAGAUCCUCAAGAUGUGCCGAUUCAAGGUUUUAUAAUAUAUGGAACAUAUUAUCCUUUUUGGGCUUAUGGCUUGGCUGUAAUUCUAUUUGGAAUCACCAUCUUCUCUUUUAUGUGCACAGUUAGAAUAAGUUAUAGAGAGGCUGAUGGAAUUAAAGGGAAAUUUAAUGAAACUUAUAUAGGAAAAAAAAUCAGCCAAUACUACCUCUUUAUGCUACUAACUUAUGCACUUCUAGUUACCUUUGGUGCUCUUUGGUACAGCAUAGUGAAAGAAUUUUUAAUUUUGUUUUCUUGUAUUUUCUUGCCUCUAAUCUACGAAUGUUUCAUGAUUAUGUACUUCAAUUUACAUCUAAAUGAUUAUUAUGUGAUAGCUGAUAUUAGUAAUUUCAAUGAAAAAAUGAAAAGAAUUAAGGAGUAAAAAUUUAAUAAAAUGAAAUACACAUUUGCAAAGAAUUAGGUUAUAUAAUAGCAGAAGUAGGCAGGAGAAUAAAGAUAAUCAGUAAAUAUAGCGGGUAAUAAUAAUAAUAAUAAUUCGAUUUUACAACCGAAUUUAAAUAAAACAAAUUAACAUGAUUAAUCUAAUUAAAUAUUUAUGAAUGCAGACUUCAAUCAAUAAGUUGAUAUGACUGUUAGAGAAAUUGAGUAAAAACUCAAUUAAGGUGAUACUGAGUCUUAAAAGGGAAGAGCAAGAUAGCUUUAGAUAGAUAUAGAAUCUUAAUAUAUCAACAAGAAAGAUGAGCACAUGCUAAUCAUGUCAGCUAACCAAGAAUCUAACUUUGCAUACACUUAUAACCCUAUCCCUGACUGGAGAAAAGAAGAUAUAGGAUUUAUCAAAGCUUUCUUAAACAAAAGACUACUUCCUACUGACUACAAAAUCAUCUUUUCAUUUAUUGCUAUGAUUUUAUUUAUGAUUGUAUACUCAGCUUGUGUUGGUGGUACUUCUAAAAAUUUGCCUUUGAUUGGUAUAACUAUUUCAGCUAAUAUAUUGACUUUGAUAUUCUUACUCAUUCCUGUUAAAUAAUACUUUGAAUUCUUAACAAAUCCAACACUUUCACAAAUAAUAACUUUUUGUGUUGGCCUUUGCAUAAACUUUGGUUGGGGUUUUUAUGAAUUUUAUAAGCUAUACAAAGAUGAUGGAAGUUCUAGUUAAAAUAGCAACUAUCAUUCAGCUUAUUACCUUCUUUAUUUUGCUUUUAUAUUACCUUGGUGUAUAUCAUUUUACUGCUUUAUUAGGAGAUGGAAAGAUUUAAAAUGGAGUUUAUCAAAUACAAAAAGUGUUUUUAUAUUUGGUAUUCUAAGUAUAAUAUUUGCCUUUGGUAUGGGAGGAUAUAUAAUAUACUUUGCUGGAGUGGCUCCUGGUGUUGCAGUAAUUGGAUUUUGGUUUUUCGUGUAUUAUGCUAUCUUUUUAUUUUACAUUUAUAAAAUAAAUAAUAAUUGCCUACCAAGGAAGUGGACUUAUUCUACUGCUAUAAUAUGUGUUUGCGUAUGCUUAUCAGCUUUUAUAGCAUCAUUAUGUCUCGAUGAUUUUAAUGAUUAUUUAGGAUUUUCAAUCAGCUUCUUAGUUAUUAAUCUCCUAGUGUUUUUAUAUUCUUUAGUCGUGAUCUAAAAAGAUAUUAUGAGUAAAAAAGAAUAGCCUAUUUUUGCAUCACCUUGGAUAUUCCCUAUAUUUAAAUAUGAUUCAAAAAUUGGUAUUGUUAAAACAAAUAAUACAGGUUUUACUAUAUUUUUAUUUUCUACUCUUAUGUUCUUAGUUUGGACUCUUACUCUUACAAUUUGGCUCCAACCAAUAUUUGUAGGUAUAACUUGCAGCUGUUUGAUAGAAAUAUUUUUAUUUUUACUCUGUAUCUAUGUAUCUACAUGGUGUUAGGUUGAGUUAGGUAUUGCUAGUGAAAAUUUUAAUCCUGAUGUAAUAAAAGUGUCAUGGCUUAAAGCAAAAAAAGCUUACUUAGAGAGUAAAGGUAUAACAGAUACUGAAAAUGCUUUAAAUUAUGAGUUCUAUAGCAAAGAGAGGGAACAUAGAAGGGCUUAGAUUAAUGAAUUCGUUUAGCAAAGUUAAAAGAAAGAUUCAGGCUUCUACUAAGAUCUAGCAUCUAUUUAUGAAGAUUAUUAUAAUUCAUCAAAAUAAAGCAAAAGUGCAUUAACUGAUGAAAUCAAAGUUAUGGUUCACUUCUAACUUAUGCUCAUUUUAGCCUCAUAAGAUAUUAGAAGAAAAAAUAUGAAAGAGUUCUUGAUUUUUAUUAAUGCUUGCUAAAGAGAGCUUGUUAUUGCUGGAAUCAAUUUUACAUAAGAUACAGUCUAACAUGAUGUGGAGACUCGUUAUUCAGAAAUUAUGUUUUAAUUAGAAUAAAUGCCUCCAGAAUAAUAAGAGUUUGUAGUAGCUGUUCAAAAAAAAUUUGUCUAAAUGAAGAUCUAAUAAAAAUAGGAAGAUGAAGAAAGGGCAAGAAAAGAAGAAGAAUUAAAGAAAAAAAGAGAAGAAGACAUGUAAUAAAAGCUUUUAUAGUAAUAGCUUCUUUAAUAGUAAUAAAUGUAGCAGUAAUAAUAGUAAUAAUAAUAGCAAUAGUAGUAAUAGCAAUAAUAAACAUAAUAACAAAACUAGCCUGGACCUGGUAUAUUAGGAGGUAACACUAAUAAUAAUAACAAUAAUAAUUAGCCUAAAGAUGUAAAAGUAGUAGUCAACAACAAUAAUGGCAUUAGUUAACCUAUAGUUCCAACUUAAACAAAUUAAGGAGGAAAUAGUAAUAAUGGCCCAGCGAACACAUAAAUAGGCACUAACAAUAAUAAUAAUCCUCCUAACUAAAAGCAAAAAGAUAAUCCACCACCAGCUUAAGUAGCAACUCCUAAUAGCAUAUAAAUUGACUUUAAAACUCCAUUAAAAGACUUGGUAGACACUCCAAUGAAGUACCUAAGAAUUAUUGAGGAAUUCAAGAAAUCUGGAAAAACAUAUAAGGACGAAACUUAUGUUGCUAGUAAUGAUAUACUAAAUGAAGAGAUGGCAAACGAAGUUAAAGAGUGGAAAAGACCACCUCAAACUGCUACUUUAUUUAAGGAUAGUAUUUCUCCAAUGGAUAUCCGUUAAGGUUAUAUUGGUGAUUGCUACCUUAUGAGUGCUAUGAGUGUUAUGGGUGAAAAAAGAACUGAAAGCUUAUUACUUUACGAUUGCCCUGAAUUUGAUAAAGAAGCUAGAGAAAAAUGUGGGGCAUAUAUCCUUAAAUUUUGGAUUAACUCAAAUUGGAUGUAUGUUAUUGUGGAUAAUAUUUUACCUUUUGCUCCAGAUGGAAAGCUUCUUCUAGGCUAAGCUGAAGAUCCAAAUGAGCUUUGGCCUUCUAUAAUAGAAAAAGCUUACUCUAAAUUAUACGGGGGCUAUAAUUAAAUUGAAGGUGGUAAAGUAAGUUAUGCAUUACAAGAAUUAACUGGAGGACUACCUGAAGAAAUUACACUUGACAAAUUUUAAGAUAAUGUUGAUGUAUUAUGGAAUAAUCUUUUAGAUUAUAAAAAAUUUGGAUAUAUUUUAGGUGCAGGCAGUCCUGCUCAUGAAAGAGGAGAUAAAGCUGUAAGCCCUUAAGGAAUUGUUUAUGGUCAUGCUUAUGCUUUGCUAGAUGUUUAAGAUGUUGAUGGUAAUAAAUUAGUUUGUUUAAGAAAUCCUCAUGGUAAUCAUGGCACAGAAUGGAGUGGAGAUUGGUCUGAUAAAAGUCCUAAAUGGAACCCUCGUUUGAGAAAAUUGGUAGGAGAUACUUUUGAGGAUGAUGGCAAAUUUUGGAUGAGUGUGCAUGAUUUCGUAUAUGAAUAUAGAGCUUUAUAUGUAUGCAGAUUAUUUGAUCCUCAAAUAUGGAUAGAUUUUGGAGUUAUAAGAGGAGCAUGGAAAGGAGAAAAAGCUGCUGGCUUGCCAACUAAAAAAAAUCCUAAUGCCAAAAUUAGCAAAAAUCCUAACUAUGGUAUUUGUGUAACAAGAAAAUGUGAAGCAUUUAUUUCUCUUACAAUUGAUGAAACAGAAGAUAGACUUAAUGGCAAAUUCCCUAUCUAUUUUGUAGUUCAGAAAAAUGGAGGAAAAAGAGUCACUAAAACAUCUUCAGAUUUACUUGUUGGUGGAUUAAAGUAAUUGACUUAGCUAAAAACGGCUACAGCUUAAAUCUCGUUAGAAGCUCCUUCUUAUCCAUAUACUUUUUCUUUAAUGUGUGCAACAAUGUACGAAGGAGAUGAGUCUGGAUUUAGCUUACAGAUAUUUUGUUCUGACAAAUAAACAACUAUCAUAGAUGAUAGCAAAUUUUUAAAUUGA